CAAGCGGUCCACAUGGAUGAGAAACCUUACAAGUGUGACAGAUGCGGGAAGGGCUUCACCAGGAGCUCAAGUCUGCUCGUCCAUCACGCAGUCCACACAGGGGAGAAACCUUACAAGUGUGACCGGUGUGGGAAGGGCUUUAGUCAGGGCUCCAAGCUGCACAUACACCAGAGAGUCCACACUGGAGAGAAGCCCUAUGAGUGUAAGGACUGCGGCAUGAGCUUCAGCCAGCGGUCAAACCUGCACAUCCACCAGCGUGUCCACACAGGAGAGAGGCCGUACAAGUGUGGAGAAUGUGGGAAGGGCUUCAGCCAGAGCUCCAACCUCCACAUCCACCGGUGCACCCACACGGGAGAGAAGCCCUACCAGUGCUGUGAGUGUGGGAAGGGCUUCAGCCAGAGCUCAGACCUGCGCAUCCACCUCAGAGUGCACACCGGGGAAAAGCCCUACCACUGUGGCAAGUGUGGGAAGGGCUUCAGCCAGAGCUCCAAACUGCUCAUCCAUCAGAGAGUGCACACCGGAGAGAAGCCCUAUGAGUGCAGCAAGUGUGGGAAGGGCUUCAGCCAGAGCUCCAAUCUCCACAUCCACCAGCGGGUUCACAGGAAGGACCUUCCUUAAGUAACGGGCCUGCUCGAUUCAGAACACUUUUAUUGUAAGGAUGAAUAUUUUUCAUGGCUGAGGGUACAGAUCAGCGGUAGAUCUAGCAUGCAUUAAAGCCCUGGGUUUGGAGCUGGGAGGUGGUGGCGCCCACCUUUAAUCCCAGCACUUGGGAGGCAGAGGCAGGCAGAUCGCUGUGAGUUCCAGGCUAACCUGGUCUACAAGAGCUAGUUCCAGGACAGGCACCAAAGCUACAGAGAAACUUUGUCUCGAAAACCCAAUAAAUAAAUAAAGCAA